AUCCUGGCAUCUUACAUUUUCGACGUAUUUACAUUUUCGACGGUGUUAGUUAUUCCCCUUUAAAAUCGAGAUCUCGCGUGAUUUCAUGAAGCUCCGCCCUCCCGGAAGUAAACAAACACCGAAUACACACGCUGAGCUGUCAAAGUGUUCAAAAUGGAAAUUAGACAGACCCAGGCAAAUGUUCGGGGCAAGUACAGGUCAUACUCUGCCAGUGAUUUGCAUGAGGCAUAUGCUGUAGUGGUGGAACAAGGAUUACCUGUUGAGAGAGUUGCCAAACGUUUUAAUAUCCCAAUCACUACACUGAAAGAUAGAGUGAAGGGCAGAGUACACAUUGAUACUGUUCGGUCUGGUCCUCAAACCAUGUUUACAUUAGAGCAAGAAGCUUUUCUCUGCAAACAUUUGAUGACAAUGGCUGAGAUAGGUUUUGGCUAUUCAAGACAAGAGACAAUCAAUCUGGCAACAGACUAUGCAGUACAUUUGGGAAUCCGGGAGAAAAGCAAACCAUUCAGCCUUACAUGGCUUUACAGUUUUCUUGAUAGGUGGCCAGAACUAAAGGUGAAAAAGCCACGCAGUCUAGAAAUUGCUCGUGCAAAAUAUGCAACACGUCCUACUAUUGACAGGUAUUUCAAUGAACUUAACUCCAUACUUACUAAGUACAAUUUGAAGGAUAAGCCCUCCCACAUUCUUAACAUUGAUGAAAAAGGCCUUAAUCUGGAACACAAACCUCCAAAGAUUGUUGCAGGUGCUCACUACAAGACGCAAGCCGUAACAGCCGGAAGGUCCAAAACAGUAACUGUUAUUGGCGGUGGCAAUGCUCUAGGUCAACAGAUCCCACCAUUUUUCAUUUUUCCGGGAGCUAGGAUGCAGCGAGCACUGAUGGAAGGGGCAGCACCAGGGGCCGAUGGAACUGUAUCAGAAUCCGGUUGGUCCAACACAGAGAUCUUCGGAAAAUAUAUGAAGGAGCAUGUAGAGCCACUUUUGCCAGCACAAAACAAUGACAGCCCAGUAUUGAUACUCUAUGAUGGUCAUAAGAGCUAG